UCACCAUGUACCAGUGGGCAGUAGGUCUGGUGGAAGGCGGGACACAGGUGCAGGGCUUCACUAAUGUUGGUAGAAACCCUCAAGGAACAGUUUCUGUCCAGAAUCUCACUCACAACUCCAGACUGUAUGUGUCAGUACUCGCCACUAACGCUGCCGGCCUGACGUUACUGACCAGAGCUGAACCAGUGACGGUGGACAUGACGCCACCAACUAUACAACAAGUCAACGAUGGUUCAGGAGUUGAUGCAGACUUCCUUUCACCAGAGGACAUGGCAGCGAACUGGGCUGUGGAAGAUCAGGAAUCGGCUUCUAUCAACUGUGACAUUGCUAUAGGGCACACGCCUGGAGAUGACGACGUCCGUCGGUUUGCUCGAACUAAUCCCGGAGUUAGAUUUACCAGGUGGAAUCUGACUGAUAUAGUGACGUCAUCUAGUUUGAAGGUGUACACGACAGUACGUUGCCAUAACAACGCGGGGCAGACCUCCGAGUCCUCAUCUGAUGGUGUCGUCAUCGUGUCCAGGGGAGACGUUGCGACUGUAGCUGGCUUCAAGGUCCUGGAGGAAAGCCCCUCUGAGUUCUCAGACAGAGGCCAGUGUCAUGUAGCCCGAGACACUGUGAGACUUCGCUGGGAGGGAGGAGAAACCCAGACUCCUUACACUACGCUGGUUCACAUCGAGGGUAGCAGUUUGAUCUACGAACAGAUCGUCCCGAGUAUAUUCACAUACACAUCUGCCAAGCUGUGUGGAUUGAAGCUCAGCGAUCUGACAACCUACAACAUCAGUGCCAUGCAUGUGCUGGACAAGGCAGGGUACCCGACAGAAGCUUCUAUCACCACGCAUGGACCGCCACCAAGUCUAAACAAAGCAGCGAAGAUCUCGUCUAGGACGUCCGACAGGACGACCACUCUGUCCUGGCCUGGCCUGUUUACCUCCCCCUGGGGCCAGCUUGUGUAUGAAGUGAUGGUGGGCAGGGUGGAGGGUGGGGCAGAUGUGGUGGACGGGCUGCUGACACGCGAGGAGCAGAUGAAGCUGAACCUGUCCUCGCAUCCACAAACUGUCACUGCCGUAUAUGUCUCUAUAACAGCCAUUGAUGCGUGUGGAUACACUGCUUACUACUCACAGGCUGUGGGUGUCGGCCCGUGACUCCAACUGGUUCGUUGAAGUGUAAAUCGUGAUUAAAUAUUGUUUUCUAAUUUUGACAGUGUAAUUGUUCCCAUCCGUACAUGCUCACACACUCAUCAGUCAAUUUGAUCAUCAUGACCAAUUUUGAAAUUAUAUUUAUGAUCAAGUUUUUUUGUCAUUACACAAAUAUGAUAUUUUGUAAUAGUUGUUGCUAAUGUCCUGAUCCCAAAACUGUAUCCAGUGCUUUCUGAAAAUCCUCAAAAGAACAACAUAAUUACUUUCUCCUUCCUUUUAAUAACUCCCCCCUAUUUUUAAAGAUUGAUUUAACAACACCUACGUAACAUUUGUUCUUGGAAUAUGCAAGUACCAAGAACCAUGUUACAAAGUUUGACAUAAAUAUCUUUAAAGACAUCAAUGGUGGUUAAACAGAUACAUUAAUUAGUCUAUCAAUACCAGCAUCUAUGUCCUUUUUUUCAAAUUCACAGUUUUGGAAUUUUACAUUUUGUAAUAGCUGCAUUAAGUAGUGUGCUUUCUCAAUGUUUACGUCAUGUAGAUUAUCUAUAUCAAAGUCAUCUUCUGCCGAAACUGCUUUUAAAGUCAUAGGAAAGUUGAGUACAGAUUCAACCUGUGAGAGUAAGGAUACGCUGAGAAGGAAUAAACCAAGGUUAACAAUCUCAUUAUCUGUUGGCCGUGAUCAAAGAUAUUUAUGCUAAAUAUAUAACAAUAACCAAUAACCAUGCUUCAUUAUUAUAAUGUGUUGUUUAUUUGUCAUUCUUGUACCCAAUAAAUUAUAAUCAUAUA